UCAAAGGUUAUGAACAGCUUAAGUCUGCCUUCACCAUGACGGGAUGCCUGGUUUUUAUCAUUCUUUUGGGUUCUUUUCGUGAGGUGCAAGUCAAACAAGCUCUUCCUCAGGCUAAACUAACAGUGGAUUCAUCAAUAAUCACAGAAACAGAUUCAGUCACAUUAAGCUGUCAGGCUCCAGCUAAUUUUUCUGUGCAUCAGUGUUAUUUCUAUGUGAAUGGAGGAACUCUGACACCUUUCUCCUGACGUUUACGGGAACUGAGCUGCUGUUGAUGGCAAAGCAAAGUUCAUCCUCAGUGGCUGAAGUGAGAUGUUUUUAUAUUGUAAAUUAUGGGGAUAGAAAUUCUCCAUCUCCUGACAGCGAUAUGGCCCGUAUUACUAUACGUCUAAAACCACAGCUGAAUGUGCACUAUGUUAAAGGUAUGUACGCUCUCUUCCUUUGUUCUCUGCCUGAAUCCGUGAAAAACGCUACAUGUAACCUGUACUUUGGAGAAUCAAGUCAUCCAACUGCAACAACAACAACGUGGAAGACGAAGAGCUCAGAAACCAGUCAGCGGUUCUGUCGGACUGUGAUUGAAGAAAAUGAAUUACUUUGGCGUCUACGUUUGGUUCAGCAGAAGGAAGUCAGCUGUGAUUAUAGUUUGAAAGGUGACAGGAAAACUUUGUCACCUCGUAGUGAUCCAUACAGCUUCAGUGGAAAAGUAACAGAGAUCAGGACAAUACCAACAAGAUCCACAAGGACCGCAGGCUCAGUGGACUCAGUGUUUCCCACCAAUGUGUCUUCAAGUGUCACUUCUAAUUAUAAAGUGGCAGACAUUACAGAAAAAGCAGGAAGUCACAAACCUAAGGGCAAAAAUAUAGACAUGAAGACUUUAAUUAUCACGACAGCUGUGGCUGGAGUGAUUGUGAUCUUCAUCUUGAUGGCAGCAGCGUGUUUCAGAGCCAAAAGGAGGACUGAAAAGGGAUCACACAAGAGAAAACAAACCAACAUUACAGAUCAGUCUGUACAGAUGAUUGAUGACACAGAGAUGUUACAUAGUGAUGCCGUCUACAGCAUUAUCACAUCUGUACCUGCUGCUGACUCAUCUACAGAUUCUGGAAAAUCCGCCGUUGAAGAUUCUUCAGCUGAAGACUCUGACGUCGACAGCCUGUACUACACCAUCCCUGAUUUACCUCCUCCAUCAUCUACGGGUGACAGGGUGUAGAGCGGUGGGCUCCAGCCCCAAAGGGCCGGAGUUAUGCAACUUUUAGACGUAUCUCUCUGCUUCGUUACACCUGGCUCCAAUAUUAGCUCAUCAGCAGAGCUCUGUGGAGCUUGACUGCAUGUUAGUGAGGAAGUUUUGCCUUUUAAUUCAAACGUGUCGGACAGAGGACACAUCUAAAGGUUAUCUGGCCCUUAAGUCCACUCAUGUAGAAACCCCUGCAGAAGCAAUGAAAUACAGAUGUUUUGUGAAGAAGAAACAAUAAAGUUUGAAGAUAAUUAGCUGUACUGUACCACACCACUUAACGUGUGUCGUAGUUAGCUCUGAGGUGUCAUUCUGUGAAAGGAUUUUUGAGAAAAAGGACCAUGCUGCUCCCCACAAGAUGCCGCCCUGGGCAGUUGCCCAUGUCGUCCAUAUCAGAAAUUGCCCAACCUAUUUAUUUCAGAGACUUCUCAUGCUCACAGUUCAUGAGGGAAACUUGCCUUUCUGUCUCUUUGUAGAGCACCUUGGUCAGGAUAAGUUGUUUUUAAUGUGCUUGAUAAAUGCAUUUUAUUUAGUUUUGACCUCUGUCUGAGGGGUUUUAUGAGCAAAUAGACUCUUGCCGUCUGUCUAUUUAGAAUAUUUUAACUUUCCUGUACUAUACUAGGCAGAUUUUUUAACUGGAAAUUUAGGCUAUCAUUAAAUCUUGUUCUAUUUGUUU